UCAACUUGUGUAUAGCGCAGGGUGGGUGUGUCUAGCCCUUGCUUACCCACAGGUAGUAAGAGGAGAGCCCACAGGCCUGUGAUUGGGCAGGUAGAGAGGGGUCCUGUGCUGAUCUAGGAAAGCGGUUGGCCAUGUCUUGUCAUUUUAAGCCCCAGAAAAGGCCAUUCACAGAGCCACCAUGGGGUCGACAGCCCCAGGGCCCAUUCACCUGCUGGAGCUGUGUGACCAGAAGCUCAUGGAGUUUAUCUGCAAUGUGGACAAUAAAGACUUGGUGUGGCUCGAAGAGAUCGAGGAGGAGGCCGAGCGCAUGUUCACCAGAGAAUUCAGCAAGGAGCCUGAGCUGAUGCCCAAAACACCUUCUCAGAAGAACCGACGGAAGAAGAGACGGGUUUCUUAUGUUCAGGAUGAAAACAGAGACCCCAUCCGGAAAAGGUUGUCCCGCAGAAAAACGCGGAGCAGCCAGCUGAGCUCCCGGCACCUGCGCAGCAAGGACAAGGUGGAGAAGCUGGCCACGGUGGUGGGGGAGAACGGCUCUGUCCUGCGGCGGGUGACGCGCGCUGCGGCCGCAGCCGCAGCAGCCACCGUGGCGUUCGCUGCCCCUUCGUCCAGCCCUGAGUCUCCCACAGCAGUGACCACAAAGCCUGAAAACAGUCUGGCCGAGGGCCAGCUGGUGCCCGUGGUGGAGAUCAGCAUCAGCGAGCGCCAGAGUGCCGAGCAGCACCUCGGCCGGCUCGAGUCCGCCCAGGCUCCCUCUCCGGCUCUGUUCCCUCCAGCCACAGCUCCCACCUCCCACAGCAUCUCGAUAUCAGAGGAGGAAUCAACCCCCAAGAAGCCAGAGGCUGGGAGACUGGAAUCUGUUACCGUGAGCUCCCUGAUGGCCACACCCCAGGACCCCAAGAGCCGAGGGGUCGGAGCAAGCCGGUCGGCCUCCAAGCUCAGGAUCGCGCAGGCUUCCCCAGGCCCGCAGGACCUGUCGGGCUCUCCGGCCUCCCCGUGGCAGGAGCGGGUCCUGGCUCCCAUCCUGCCGGAUAACUGCUCCACGCCCACGGGUACCCGCGUGAACCGGCAGUCGGUGCGGCGCAGCCUGAUUGCGCCGUCGUCCCCUGGCCACCAGCCCUCGCUGGCCCAGAAGUACUCCCUGGUGGCCAAACAGGAGAAACCUGUCCGCAGAUCAAGCAGAAGGAUUGGCAAGAAAGCCCCUGAAGAGCCAGCUGCCUCUGCCCACAUCAUCUGUCACAGUUACCUGGAGAGGUUCCUGAAUGUGGAGGUGCCCCAGAAAGUUGGCCUUGAGCAGAAGCCCAGCGAGGAGGCUGAGCCUGUGGAGGCGGCUGAGCCAGAGGUCCCCAAGAACAUGCCCCGCAGUGCCACCAAGAUCGCCAUUAGCACACCUGGCUCGCGGCCUGUGGCUGGUGGCCAGGAAACACCCUCUGAAGGGCAGCAAGGGCCCAAGACCGACCAAGCAGAUGGCCCCAAGGAGCCACCCCAGAGUGUCAGGAGGAAGCGCAGCUACAAGCAGGCAGUGAGUGAGCUGGACGAGGGGCAGCAGCUGGAGGAUGAGGAGCUGCAAGCCCCCAGGAGCAAGACCCCCUCCCCGCCCUGUCCGGCCAGCAAGGUGGUGCGUCCCCUCCGCACCUUCCUGCACACCGUGCAGAGGAACCAGAUGCUCAUGACCCCGACCUCGGCGCCCCGCAGCAGUGUCAUGAAAUCCUUCAUCAAACGCAACACUCCCCUGCGCGUGGACCCUAAGUGCAGCUUCGUUGAGAAGGAGCGGCAGCGCCUAGAGAACCUGCGGCGGAAGGAGGAGGCCGAGCUGCUCCGCAGGCAGAAGGUAGAAGAAGACAAGCGGCGGCGGCUGGAGGAGGUGAAGCUGAAGCGUGAGGAGCGCCUCCGCAAGGUGCUGCAGGCCCGGGAGCGGGUGGAGCAGAUGAAGGAGGAGAAGAAGAAGCAGAUCGAGCAGAAGUUUGCUCAGAUCGACGAGAAGACUGAGAAGGCCAAGGAGGAGCGGCUGGCUGAGGAGAAAGCCAAGAAAAAGGCAGCAGCCAGGAAGAUGGAGGAGGUGGAGGCGCGCCGGAAGCAGGAAGAGGAGGCCCGGCGGCUCAGGCGGCUCCAACAGGACGAGGACGAGCGGCGGCACCAAGAGCUGCUGCAGAAGAAGAAGGAGGAGGAGCAGGAGCGGCUCCGGGCUGAGAGGGAGCAGCAGGAGCGGGAGCGGGAGCGGGAGAAGGCCCUGCGGCUACACAAGGAGCGGCUGCAGCGGGAACUGGAGGAGAAGAAGAAGAAGGAGGAGCAGCAGCGCCUGGCGGAGGAGCGGCUGCAGGAGGAGCAGCAGAGGAGAGCCAGGGAGGCGGCGGCGGCCAGCAAAGGCCUGACUGCGACCGCGGACGCGCAGUCUCCAGCUUGUACCUCCUAUCAGAUGACGCCACAGGGCCACAGGGCCCCCCCCAAGAUCAACCCAGAUAACUACGGGAUGGAUCUGAAUAGUGAUGACUCCACCGAUGAUGAGGCCCAUCCCCGGAAGCCCAUCCCCACCUGGGCCAGAGGCACUCAGCUAAGCCAGGCCAUCAUCCACCAGUACUACCACCCCCCGAACCUGCUCGAGCUCUUUGGAACCAUUCUCCCACUGGACUUGGAGGACAUCUUCAAGAAGAGCAAGCCCCGCUACCACAAGCGCACCAGCUCUGCUGUCUGGAACUCGCCGCCCCUGCUGGGCGCCAGGAUCCCCAGCAGCCUGGCCUACAGCCUGAAGAAGUACUGAGGCCCCCAGGCCUUCUCGGCAGUCUCCGCCCCUGUGUGUGUCUGUCCGCCCCUCUGGUGGUCUGGUGCCAUCCUGCCUGGUGUUCUGUCUCUGGGGCUUUGCCAUGUGUAUAUAAAUGUCCUCUGUGUGCUGCAGGUAGAAUGUGGCCCAGGCCUGUUUGGAGGCUGCACUCGGUGGGCGGUUGGGGGAGAACCAGCCCAGCCCCACCUGGCCUGCAGACAGCACUCUGUAAAUAGAUUGUUAUAAUUCAGCAGAAUUUUAGCCUCUAGUGUUCGAGAGCUAGAUUAAUAAAGUCUGUUCCUUCAAGCCUGCUGUGGGUCUUGUGGAGAUGGGGGGCCUUGGCAGAAUGCCCUGGACCCUGGCCCUGCAGCCACAUGUCUCAGGCCACUGAUGGGCGGGGGGCCCCAAGGGACUUUGCCUUUUCCUGGGGUGUACUUCUAGGUCACCCGGGUCCCACGUCAAGAUGCUGAUGCGGUGGGUGAUUCUGAUCCUGUCCUUGGGCAAUGCUAAGACACAGGUCAGUUACUGGCACAAUGGGGCAGGUGAAGCUACUUUCUGAUUUUCUGGAGAGCCCCCUGUUUGUAAAGGGGAGCUUGUUCCGUGGGAAAGACAUGGGGUUGAGGUCAGGAGGACCGGGCUCUUGACACAGCUGUGCCACCUAGGACAGUCCCUCAGCCCCACGGGCUCCGCCCUAGGCACGCGGAUGGUCAAAGGACCUGACGAGGUGUGCAACACAGCUAAAGCAGGAGCUCUGAUUAGAAAGAUGUCUCCUGAAACCACGUUGGGUCCAGUGCUGGCAAGCAGUUGAGAUGUUUCUCCAACAAAUCCAGGCAGCUGCUCAUUGAAUGCUUAGUGUCAAGAACUUAGUGGCUCUGGUGCUGUCCCUUAGCUGCAGUGGCCACCUCCUUCUCAUCUGCUGCCCCACCCCGAGAACGGGUUGGCGAACUAUGGCCUCGUGGGCCAAAUGAAACCGCAGUCAGUUUUUGUUUUGUAACAAAUACCUGUUUUCUCCGGCUGCUCCGCUGAGGGCAGAGUUAAGUAGUUGUAACAGAGGCCUUAUGGCCCACAAAGCUGAAGAUACUGUGCCCCUUUACAGAAAGUUUGCUGACCCCUGCUUUAGGACAAAAAUACAGGCUAAGUUCAAGAGUGCUUGAAAAAUGAGGACAUAGUGAACAUGCACAACAGACUGAAGUUGAGAGGAAUCCACCCAUUAAAAAAAAAUUUGAUGCUUCAUUCAAAUAUGGUGCACAAUUCAAAUUGGUUCCAUAUGCUCUUGGACUAGAAACUGUUGUGUGGAGCCCAUUGGCGAGGGCGUCUUUACCUAGAAUUGAUCAAUUUUUUUUCUUUUAUGGACUGUACUUUUUUGGUACCACGUCUUAGUCAUCUUUGUCUAGCCCCAGUUCUCAAAGCUUUCCUCUUAUGUUUUCUUCUAAGUGUUUUAUAGUUUUACAAAUACUACAUUUAGCUUUAUGAUCUACUUGGAGUUAGUUUUUUUAAAGUGUGAGGUUUCUGUUUUUGGCUUAUUUGGUUUUGGGGGGCAAUAUGUCCAGUUGUUCCAGGACCAUUUUGUUGAAAAGACUGUUGUUUGUUUUCCACUGAAUUUCUUUUGCAUCUUUGUCAAGAAUCAGUUAGCCCUAUUUGUAUGGGUCUAUGUCUGGACUUUGUAUUCUCUUCCAUUGGUCUGUGAGUCUCUCCUGUUACCAAUACCACAUCGUCAAAGUUACUGUAGCUUGUAUCCAUCUUAAAAAUCCGUUUGUAUGAUUCCUCUAGUUUUAUUCUUCCUUUUCAGAAUUAUAUUCACUUUUCCAUCAAUUUUGCCUCUCCAUCUAAAUUUCAGGAUGAGCUUAUUUAUACAAAAAUGUUGCUGGGAUUUUGAUUGGAAUUACAUUAAAUCUGUAGAUAAGUUUGGGGAGAACUCACAUAUGAUGGUGAGUCUUCUAAACCGUCAUCUGACUUGUCUCUCCAUUUAUUUGCAUCUAUGGCUUCUGCCAUCAGCGUUUCAUAGUCUCAGCAUACAGAUCCUGUACAAGUUUUGUUGGACUUAUAGCUAAGUAUUUCAUUUUCUUGGAGUUACUAUAAAUGGUAUUGUUUUUCUAAUUUUGGUUCCCAGUUAUUCAUUGCUGAUAUAUAGAAAUACAAUUGAUUUUUGUGUGUUGACCUUGUAUCUUGUGAUGCAACUAAAGCAGUGUGUAGAGCAGUGUGUAGAGGGGCAUUUAUAGUACUAAAUAUCUGUGUUAGAUGAAAGGUGUUGAAUCAGUGACUUCCGCUUCCACUUUAAGAAAUUAGAAAAAGAAGAGCGAAUAAAAGUAUAAGCAGAAGAAGGGAAAUAAUGAAGGUAGAGCAGAAAUCUAUGACAUUGGAGAGAGAAAAAUAAUAGGGAAAAUUUAACUAAACCAAAAAAGCUGAGUCUUUGAGAAGCUCAAAAAAAAAAAAAAUCAUAAACCUCUAACUGGAUCGAUCGGCAGCAAAAGAAACAAAUGGCCAGUGUCAGGAAUGAGAGGUACAACCAUUAUAGAUUCUGUAGUUAUUAAAACAACAGAAAGAAUACUAUGAGCAACUUAUAAUGAAUUGGACAAUUUAGAUGAACACAAAUUCUUUGGAAGAUCCAAAUUAUUUUAGUUCAAUCAAGAAGAAAUAGAAAACCUAAAUAGCUCUACUUAUGAAAGAAAUUGAAUCUCACAAAGACUACUCUAGACCUAGAUUACUUUAGUGGUAAAUGCAACCACGUAUUCAGGAAAGACAUUAACACCAGUUCUACAUAACCUCUUUCAGGAAAUUAAAGAGGAAAGAAUAUUUUCCGCUCCAUCAGUGAGGCCAACAUUGCCCUGAUCCCAAAACCAUACGAAGACACUGGAAGAAGGGAAAAUUAGAUACCUAUCCCUCAAAAAUCUCAACACACAAAUUCUUAAAAUUAUAGUAAGUUAAAUCCAACAAGUUCUAUAAAGAGGAUAAUACAUCUUAACCAAAUAGGGUUUAUCCCAAGAAUGCAAAGUAGGUUUAACAUGUGAAAGUCAACUAAUGUAAUUUGCCAUAUUAAUACAGGAGGAAGACUGUGUGAUUAAUAGAUGCAGAAAGUGCAUUUGACAAUUCAACGCUAAUUUGUGAUAAAAGCUCUAAGCAAAUUAGAAUUUUUUUUGGUCUCAUAUUCAACUCUGCCUCUCCCAUUAAGCUGAAGGUAUGGCCAAUAAUAUGACUUAAAUUUAAGUAUCUCAAAAAAUAAAUGAGUGAAUGAAUUAUAACAUGCAAAUUAGAAUCUAAAAGGAAUUUCCUUGGUUUGAUAAACCACAUCUACAACAACAACAAAAAACUCCAGCAAACAUCAUGGUGACUGUCUUACUAAUAGGUCCAAUGCAAAGAUGUCCACUCAUUACUUCUGAACAUUUUACUGGAGGUUCUAGCCAGUGCAAUAGGACAGAAAAAAGGCAGGAGAGAGGAAGGAUUACAACUAUAUUCAGAGACAACUUGUGCAAAAUCUGGUAGUGUCUACCGGGAUGAGUAUGUGAGUUUAGCAUGGUUGUCGGAUACAAAAUUAAUAUAAAAAAAAUCACAUGUAUUUCUUUUUUUUUAAGUUUAACAUUUUAAUUGGAAACAGUUCAUAUGCCCAUCCAGUGGAAGCUCAGAUAAGCAAAGUGCAAUAAACAGAAUGAAAUAUCACACAGAAGUCUCUGUAUAAUGGAAUAUUAUGCAGCCAUCAAAAGGAAUG